AUGGCAGCCGUACCCAGUAGAACACUUAGCAGAGUGGCUGCAUCACAAAAGAAGGCAACUGAAAAGAAGAAGCAGACAGUUGCGCCCGAAGGAUCCAGUUUCAUCGACAUUGGUGUUGAAGCAUGGCUCAGCGACACAUUGAAAUCCAUGUCCAUCAAGGAACCCACAGAGAUCCAAAGAGCUUGUAUACCUCCCAUUCUAGCUGGAAAGGAUGUCAUUGGUGGUGCCAAGACAGGUUCUGGUAAGACAGCUGCCUUUGCUCUCCCCAUCUUGCAAAAGCUAUCUGAAGAUCCUUACGGUGUCUUUGCGUUGGUACUGACUCCUACCAGAGAACUUGCAUUUCAGAUUGCUGAGCAAUUUCGAGUGCUUGGUAAAGGAAUGGGUGUCAAGGAGUGCGUCGUAGUAGGAGGAAUGGAUAUGAUGACACAAGCAUUGGAACUUGCAAAGCGGCCUCAUGUUAUCAUUGCGACACCAGGCCGUCUUCGUGAUCACAUUAGAAGUAGCUCAGGUGCUGUCGAUUUGAGGCGUUGUAAAUUUUUGGUGAUGGAUGAAGCAGAUCGUAUGUUUACACCAACAUUUGUGCCUGAAUUGGAGGUGAUCUUGCCCUUAUUGCCUAAACAAAGACAAACACUGCUCUUCACAGCCACCAUGACUGAAUCCAUCUUGGCAUUGCGUGACGCAGAGGAAGAUCCCAAGAAGCAACCCUUUGUUCACAUGUGUGAUAUGUCGACAUCCACCGUUAACACGUUGGACCAAUACUACGUCUUUGUGCCAUCUCAGGUCAGAAUGGUCUACUUGGCUCAUUUACUGCGUACGGACGAUUUGAAGGAAAAAUCGAUUAUUAUCUUUUGCGGACGAUGUUCAACUGCUGAACUGAUGACCAUCAUGCUGAAGGAAUUGGGUAUUCGCUGUACAGCUCUUCACUCUGAAAUGUCGCAGCAGCAGCGUUUGGAUUCUCUUGGUAAAUUCAGAGCAGAAGUGAUCAAGAUCCUUAUUUCUACUGAUGUUGGCUCUCGUGGUUUGGAUAUUCCUUCCGUGGAGUGUGUCUUGAAUUACGAUAUCCCUCGUGAUCCUACGGAUUACAUUCAUCGUGUAGGUCGUACUGCUCGUGCUGGCAGAGAUGGUAAAGCUAUUUCAAUUGUAGCUGAAAAGGACAUUCAGCUGAUUCAAAAUAUCGAGGAGCGCAUCAACAAAAAGAUGGAGAAAUAUGAAGUGAAUGAAAACGAAAUCUUGGAAGAGUUAUCCAAAGUGACGGCAGCCAAGCGAGAAGCCAGCAUGCAAUUGCACGAUAGACAGUUUGGAGCAAAGACACAUAUCAGAAAAAAGAAGAAGAUGGCAAAUCAGGAGGAUUGA